GACAGGCACUGUUAUUAUUAUAAAGAUUUCCAGUUUUCCAAAGGAAACCUGAAGGCACCCCUACCUAAACAGAGCAGAGCACGCCAACUGAAAACGGACGGAUUAAAAGCAGAAUUCCAUCUGUGAUCCACUGAAUUCCUAUCAUGACGUCAACGUCUGUCACCACCGUGGGUGGAGUGGUUAUCAUUACACAGGUCAUCCCUAAAGAUGACCGCUCCAUUCCCCUAGAGACUUCUGCCAACCCCGCAGAUCAGGUGCCAUCCCCUGUCCUGAAGACCCCUCCUGCCCCCCCUAAGAAGGACAGCAAGGAGACGAUCUUCCUGCAGGGGGAGUCCAUGGGCCUUGGGGUCGUUCAGAUCUUCAUUGGUGUGCUCUGUGUCCUCUUCAGUCUGACAGUCUUCUUCUCCGAAGCUCUGAUCCAUUACGCUCCGUUUGGCUUUGGUGUUUCGUUUGUGGUGUCUGGCUCUCUGGCUCUGGCAGCAGGACGACGCACUUCCGUCAAACUGGUCUGGUAUUCUCUGGUGUCCAAUGUGUUCAGUGUCCUGCUUGGCCUGGCGGGGGUCAUCUACGACUGUUUUCUUCUGGCAAGUGGACCCACCAAGGUUUUCUGCGAGUUUGACACUCCGAAUACCCCUAAGCCUUCAGGAUGGGAUGACAAAUGCUCCCGACAACUGUGGAGACUCGAGGUGCCCAUUUACGGACUCCUGGGCUUCUUCCUGGUCCUGCUUGUCCUGCAAGUUUGUGUCUCUGUCACUGUGUGCGUGUUCUCUAGAAGAGUCAUCAGAAGCAGCAAGCAUUACUUCCUCAUGGAGGAGCACUAUGACCAGAGAUCUCCGAUUCUUGCUUAAGCAUCUGAACGCAGCAGCCAAAAAGAAUCCCUCUGAGGAAAAACUGAAUAUUGUUUAAUAAAAG